UCGAACUUCCGGUAGUAACAUGACAAACAACAACAACAACAAAAAUAAAUUUUAAACACAAAAAUGGGGCAACAUCAUUCGCACAGCUCAAGUUCGAGUCCUGAAAAUGUUCCAGAUAUAUCUACACGAAGAAGGUCAUCCACAAAAAUCCCUUCGACAGCGUAUGUCCCAGCUCUCGAGAAACUUUUUCAGAAGCUUGAGUUGACAGCAGAGAGUGAUAAUGGACAUCCAGGGGAAUUGACUAGAACUACUUUUGAAAAUGUCUUCCACGGUCCAUUACAACUGUUUGGGAAAUUGCUGUACAGACAGAUGGUAACCGUUGGACACCAUAGUAGUGAUAAGAUCAAGGAGCGUAUCACAUGUGAACAGUUUGUGAAAGCUGGGCGAGAAAUAUUGAAAAUGUUUGACGAAACAGACCAACAUAAGUACUACUUCAAAUUGUUUGCGGAAGGGAAGGAUCACUUAACACAAGAUGAGACUCUAAAGAUGAUAAAUAUAGCAUAUGCCCUGACACUGUCAUCAUCCAUGAUUCCGUAUGUGAAGGGUCCAAAAGAUGAGAAAGUGUUUGAGUCAGUUGUACAGAGUAUGUUUGGUAUGAAGACAGAGAUAAAAUAUCAUGAGAUGGAGAAAUGGAUGGAGAAUCAUUGUCCACAUAUGUUCUGUGGUGUCCACAACUGGGUCUACACUAUAUUGACUGGCUCAAAGAUGCCCACAGAACUGGAAGCAGCACCAGUGCCGAUGUUAGAUAAGUUCACAGAAGGAAAACACUGUAUGACUAUGGGUAUGCUAUGGAUGUUAACAGCAACAUUACCGUACAAGUACACACACACAGAGCAAGAACCUGAUGCUGGUCAUCGGGUGUCAACCACUAAAAAUCCUUUGUUGACUUCAUAUCAGUUUCUCAUGAAACUUGCAAGAUUAAGUAGAUGUCAAAGUUGGACAACCUUGUAUGAUAGUGAUGACCAUGGUUUAUCAAUGAACAGAUUUACACAUCAUAUAACCUCCUAUAAAGAUCCAACAGUGACGUUGAUAUCAUUUGAGGGUAGAAAUAUAUAUUGUGUAGCCCAGGAUGCGCCUUGGAGAGAAGGGUCACAAAAACUAGGUGGUGAUGAUGCACAGCUCAUACAGAUCACACCUGUAUACAGGGUCGUUAAAGCUAAAGGUCCAAUGGUUUUAUGGAACAUGUCAGAUAGAAACUUACCUCAGGGGAUCUAUAUUGGUCACACAGGGAAGAGUAAUGUGGUAGGAAUACCUGCAGACUUCAGUACAUUACAGCAUUAUGGUGUUGACUGUGAACUGCAUAGAGUAGAGAUGUGGGGAUGUGGAGGAGUAGAAUCAUAUCAGGCACAACAAAAACAGAAAGUGUGGGAGAGAAAAGAAGUGGAAAAACACCGUUCUAGAAAGCUUCAUUUAGACACAAACUGGGAUGAAAAUCCUGAUAAACAGUUGUUAUCAUGGGGCGGUAUAGAGACGAAUCACCAGUAUAGCAGAAAUGGUGGUAUGUAAAGACGUCUCUCACGUCACACAAGAGGACAAGACUAAGUCUGCAAUCUUCAAAAUCAGUAGUUUACAAAGCUGUGAUUUUAGACACUUUUUUUCAAACUACACCAGACGUUUGUUAGAAUAUUGUGCUAAAAAUGGGGAAAAGGUGAAGUGCAAAGAAAUCCAUAUGUGAACUGUCAUUAAAACGCGCCUUUUUGAAGAGUGAUGUUUCAUGGUGGUUCAUGGAGACUUUACAGCUACAUAAUUAUGCAAACAGUAAAAUUAUUUUAUAAUAUAUUUUGGUUACAACAUUUCACAUCCAAUAAAUCCUAAAUUUGCUCAACAAUAUUUUGGGGUUACAACAUUUUACCUCCACUUAAAUCCCUAAAUUUGUUUAACCUUUUUUCUUGUCUGAAGCAUGCAAACAACAGCACUGUUUUCUUCUGAUCAAUUGUAAUACUGUACUCCAUAGUCAGUACAUAGUGUAGUACUGUACACCAUAGUCAUUAGGGUAUAAUCCUGUACCACAUAGUCAAUACACAGUGUGAUAUGGUACCUCGUAGUCAGCACACAGUGCAUUACUUACACCAUAGUCAGUACACAUUGUAAUACUGUACCCCAUAGUCAGUACACAGUGUAAUACUGUACUCUUUAAUCAGUACACAGUGUGAUACUGUACCCUUUGGUCAGUACACAGUGUAAUACUGUACUCUUUAGUCAAUACACAGCAUAAUACUGUACUGUAGUCAGUACACAGUGUAAUACUGUACUUAAGUCAGUACACAGUGCAUUACUGUACCCCAUAGUCAGUACACAGUGUAAUACUGUACUCUUUAGUCAGUACACAGUUACAGUGCUAACUAGUAUCAACUUUGAUCCAUUGGUUCAGGUACAUAUAAUAGCUCAUUAAUGAUUUGAAAUCCUACAAUACUUUGGACUGAGUUUGUACAGUCCAGUUUAGAUUUGGCAGUUCUUAAACUAAAA